GUAAUUCUUGUCCUGCUCUUAGAGCUGAGCAUAGCAAAGCAACUAGACACCCACAACAACUACCAACCUGUUAGCCAUAGACCAUUCCACAGCCACCAUGUCCGCGCCGCAAUCCAGAGAGGCUUACGGCAAGCGGCUUAUACCGCAUGUCAUUGACGAUGUCGCCAAAACCGAGCCCAUGCGGGAAUGUUUUUCCCUGCCCUUGUCGUCCAAUCCGCAGGAUGGCUGGAGAGGAAUCUCAUAUGGUCAAUAUGCUACAGCUAUCGACCGCCUCGCCCAUCACAUCGUAAAGACGUCUGGCGUACCCCAGCCGAAGAGCUUCCCAACAGUGGCUUACAUUGGGGCCAAUGACGCCGUAUACCUCAUCUUCGUCGUUGCUGCUAUCAAGGCAGGCUACAAGGCGCUAUUUGUGUCGCCCCGGAACUCGGAGGAGGCACAGCUCAACUUAUUCAAUCUCACGGACUGUGACAUCCUUUAUCAUGACGCAACGUUCCAAGAACCGGUGAAGCCAUGGUUGUCAAAGCGAAGCAGCAUGAGAGCAAACCUCCUUGCGCCGCUGGACUUUUGGCUAGCAGAGGACAGCGCAGUUGAGCCAUUUCUCUACCUCAGGGGGGCAGAUGAAGCUGAGUGGGAGCCAUUCGUCGUGCUGCAUACGAGCGGGAGCACGGGAUUGCCGAAGCCCAUCGUGGUUCGGAAUGGCUUGAUCAUGUUGAAUGACAAGCUUCAUCUCCUCCCCUCGUGGAAGGGAACGGAGUCCGCCGUGCGCGGUCUGGCCCGUUCUAAGAGAAACUUGACUCCAAUGCCUUUUUCCCAUGCCAGUGGACUGUACACAUUCUUUGGCUUUCAUGUGUACUGGGGUACGCCGGUCACGUUCGCCAUCACCAACCGGCCAUUCACGGCCGAUUUCAUCCUCGAACAGCUGGCACACGCUCCUGACGACGUUGACUCCAUCUCUCUACCCCCUUCGGUUCUGGAAGAGCUUAGUGCCACCGAGAAUGGCUGUGAGGUGCUCAGCAAGUUGAAAUUCGUAGUUUUUGGAGGUGGGAACCUCAGCGAUGCUACUGGACAGAAGCUUCUUGACCGGGGCGUCGUGAUCCAAAACUCCUUUGGAUCGACCGAAUGCGGCAUGCUGCCGUACUAUUGGCAGGCGAACCCCGAUGCAUGGCAAUGGCUUCUCAUUCACUCGGACGUGCUUGGGGCGGAAUGGCGGCCGGUGGCGGGCGAGGACGACGUGUUCGAGCUCGUGAUCGUCCGCAAAGACCCCGCGUCGAGCAUCCAAGGCGUCUUUUACACCUACCCGGAUCUGGAUGAGUGGUCCUCCAAGGAUUUGUUCAAGAAACACCCCACGCUGCCGGACCACUGGAAAUACCAUGGGCGCUGCGAUGACUUGAUCGUCUUUUCGAACGGGGAAAAGCUCAACCCUGUGACGGUCGAGAACGCUUUGAACGGACACCCGAAAGUCAGAGCCGCCAUUGUAGUGGGCACAAUGAGGUUGCAGCCUGCUCUACUUGUUGAACCCGUGCAGUACCCGAGCAGCCCCGAGGAGGCCGAAGAUCUCCUUGAGGAGCUGUGGCCUCUUGUUGCCAAAACUAACAAUGAGACGGCCGCGCAUGCCCGGAUAAGCAGGCAGCUCAUCUUGCUCACCAAGGCCGACAAGCCUUUUCCUAGGCUGGCCAAAGACACCGUUCAUCGAGUCCCGUCCAUCAAGCUGUACGAGCCGGAGGUGGACCGUCUCUUCCGCGAAGCAGAGGCCGGGUGGAAGGACGCUCGAUGCAACCUGGACCUCACCUCGGAAGAAACGCUCUUGCAGUCUAUGUGCCGUCUUUUCCAGACGCUGACCUAUGCGGCCACCAUCGAGCCGGAUACCGACUUCUUCACGGCGGGCAUAGAUUCCCUCCAGGUCGUUAACGCGUGCCGCUUGCUCCGCGGUGCUCUCCAGGUGAAGAGCGACAAGAUUGAUCUAAAGGGCAUCGCGCCACGGUUGAUAUACGCCAAGCCGUCACCUCGAAACCUCGCAAAAGAAUUCUGGGGACAGCAUGUCGGCUCUUUGAAACCGGUGGAUGCGGAUGUUGAAGCGUCCCGUGCCAUGUCCGACUUGCUGGCCAAGUACACCCAAAAUCUACCUUACAACAACCAGCCGGGAAGUGGAAGAUCACCAGCUCGAGACUCGCAGCAGGUCGUCAUUCUAUCCGGAAGCACGGGCAGGCUGGGCGCCUACCUUCUCGACCUUCUUGUCGCGAACCCCGCUGUGCACAGGGUGGUUUGUCUGAACCGCGCACGAGAUGGCCGGACCCGACAGCUACGCCUCAACGCGGACCGCGGGCUACAGACCGACCUUGCCAAAGUCGAGUUCUUGCAGGCCGACUUCGCCCGGCCGGACCUUGGGCUGGGCGCCGAGACAUACGCGCGCCUGCUGGCCGACGCGGACCGGAUCAUCCACACCCAGUGGCCCGUCAACUUCAACCUAACCCUCGAGUCGUUCGAGCCGCACAUACGGGGCGUACGACACUUGAUAGACUUCUGCCUUCAGGCGUCCAGAAACGUGCAUCUCGUGUUCGUGUCCACGGUGCUGGCCGCCACGGACUGGGACGGCUCCGAGACCGCCUCCCCGUCCGUAGUGCCGGCGGGUGAGUACGCGCAGGGCAAGCUUGUCGCGGAUCUGACUGUCGAAACGGCGACGAAGCGCAGCGGGGUGUCUGCCGCUGUCGUGCGCGUUGGACAGAUCGCGGGCCCCGAGGACGCAGCGGGCGUGUGGAAUCCCGACGAGUGGCUGCCGCGCCUCGUCGCCUCUUCUGUCAAGACCCUGGGUGCGCUGCCGCGCGAUCUGGGCGUCAUGAGCACGGUCAACUGGGUUACCUCACAGGGCGCGGCCCGGCUGAUACUCGAGGUCGCAGGUGUGGCAGCCGGCUCACGGGCACCGGACACUUGCAAUCUAUACUACUACAGCGUCAACCCGCGCCCCAGGCACUUCUCAGAACUAAGCGAGGCGAUCAAGGAGUUCUACGGUAGUCGCAUUCAGUCGUUGGUCAGCUGGGAAGACUGGGUGGGAGCCCUGGAGCGGAGUGAUCGGGAGGGGAAUGACGCGGCGCGGAACCCGGCCCUGCAACUUUUGGAUUUCUUCAAGGGCACGCCAGGCGAAGCAGCCAUGAAAGAGGUUCGAUUCCACUUCUCCAUGGAGAAGACGCUCGAGGCCAGUCCAAGCAUGAGGGAGAUGCAACCCGUGACCCGGGAGCUGAUGGUUCAGUGGUGCCGGCAGUGGGCCUUCUAGAUCC